AUGAAAGCAAAAGAAGUAAUAAAAGAAAUAAAAAACAAUGGAGUUUCAAUUGCUUCCUCCGAAGAAAAGCAAUUAAUCAAAAUUCAAGGGACUUUAACUUCUUCUCUCCAACUCAGAGGCGAAAACAUUCAGGAACCCUACUAUUAUGCGUUUAUUAAGUUAAAAGGACAAAAGGUUGAUCUACCCACUAUUUUCAAAAUCAAAGAUGACCAAGGAGAACUGACUAAACCCAAUUUAAAAAAAUCUGAUGAAGUGGAGUUAAUAGGCAAUUACUCUAAUUCUCAGCAGAAUGUCC